CAGAACACAGAUUAGAAAAUCAGACACACUGCUUCACAGUAGAAAAAAAUAGUUUCAGCAGGGAAGUUUAAUUUUGCAAAAAUGAGAGAAGGUGCGAGGGGACGUUCAAAGUUUUCGCGUUGAGAUGAGACAAAAACAGCUCGCGCAAAUUAUAAGAGUUCGGAACAGUUCGUUAUGUCACACUCGGACGAUCCGGAUGUCUCUGUGUCCAUUGUUCAUCAGAGAUCAUGCCCGGUUCGCAUUAUUGGGUCAGGAUAGGGCAGGGCAGGGCCGUUUUGGCGGGUAUAUUUUGUCCCCUGUCCUGUCCCGAUAGUGAGAAUCGGACUUACUCGAGGCUCGAGGUCCAAGCAAGAAGAGGAUUUCAUCAGUCCAACCGGAAAUCGACGUUCCACCCGCUGUGAACACGACUUCCGCUUCUUCCCCAGCCAGCAGCGUUGCAAGAUGGCUGUUCCCGAUUUGCAUUAUUGGGUCAGGAUAGGGUAGGGCAGGGCCAUUCGGCAUCACCAUUCUGUCCCCUGUCCUGUCCCGAUAGUGAGAAUCGGUGCUGGAUCGGGAUUGCCAACGACUGGCCAUUUCUUCCACUCGUCUUUCUCCCCGCAGCUUCUGGAUAUUUUCGCGCGAUCUUUCGAACUUCUGCGAACGUAAAUUCAUUUAUCAAUCACCGAUGAAAAAAGUAUUUCUUUUUUUUUUUUUUUUUUUUUUCCGUAAUAGAAUUCGUAUUUUUUCUUUUUUUUUUUUUAUUUCAAUUGAUGGAAUAUAUUCUUUCGUAUAUUAUAAAUUUGUACGAGAUCAAGUUUCAUACAAGAUGUAAAUGUAAAGGUGUACUUUCGAGAUUAUUUGGCAAUACUAUUGCUCAAGUUUGGAACUUGAAGAUGAUUUAACGUGUAUGAGAUUUCGACUGGUGCACAGAUGCUUCUUUCAGGUCUGAUUAUUCGUAUUUGUUAACGUUGAUAAAAAUCACGGUGGUGGUUUCUACUUCUUUGAUUGAAACAUCAUCUACGAACAGAUACUAAGCAAUGUAAAUAGCAAUGGCUGAUUCCGUAGAAUGAGAAGCUCGCUUUCAAACAUUACAUUUUUUGUGAAAAUAUGGAUAAUUGUAUUGUUAGAAAUUUGGAUAAAAAAAAGGAAACAUUUUGUACUGUGAAAACAACGUUACAACGUUAAACGCUCUACUUUCGAGAUUUUACGAUUCUUGUGUUCUUGCAUGUUUAAAAUAAAUCCGUAUAAAGUUGUAUAAAAAUCCGCGGUUACUUGUUUAUUGCUUUGUAAUUAUAUCAAGUUUAUUAUUAUUAUGUUAGAAACAAAUGA